CAAGUCACCAACCAGAAGCCAAACUAAAGUUCCUAUAAAGAGACUGCUCUGUUUGUCUCUCUCCCCCAUCUUCCCUCUCUCUCUCUCUCUCUUUCCCUGCAUUGCUCUGCUUCUGUUCUCCAUUGAUUACAGAAGCAGAAAGCUUUGAGGGCGGCCUGUUACUUUUCUCCCAUUUUCCAUUGUUCUUUGUAGCUUGUUCAAGAAUUUCUGCUGCACAUUUUCAGAUCCGGGGAGCGGAGAGAUGGACGGGCUUUCCACGACGGCGCUUCUUCCGGACGCGUUUUCCGGCGGGCGGGAUGAUUUGAGCAGCCAAAUGAGCAUAAUCUGGGCGCAACUCAAAGCCCCAUUGAUCGUCCCCGUCCUCAGAAUCGCAGUGUUUCUCUGCUUGUUGAUGUCUGUCAUGCUGUUCGUGGAGAGAGUGUACAUGGGAGUCGUCAUCUCCCUCGUGAAGCUCUUUGGAAGAAAACCUGAAAAACGAUACAAAUACGAGCCAUUGAAGGAUGACGUGGAGCUUGGGAAUUCGACUUACCCAAUGCUUCUUGUUCAAAUACCCAUGUACAAUGAGAAAGAGGUUUAUCAGCUCUCAAUUGGAGCUGCAUGUGGCCUUUCCUGGCCGUCUGAUCGUAUCAUAGUCCAAGUUCUUGAUGAUUCAACAGACCCCAUUAUCAAGAAUAUGGUGGAAAUGGAGUGCCAAAGAUGGGCAAGCAAAGGAAUAAACAUAAAGUAUGAGAUAAGAGACAAUAGGAAUGGAUACAAGGCAGGGGCAUUGAAGCAAGGCUUGAAACAUUCGUAUGUGAAGCAAUGUGAUUAUGUAGUCAUCUUUGAUGCGGAUUUUCAACCGGAGCCUGAUUUUCUUUGGCGAACCAUUCCUUUUCUAGUUCACAAUCCUCAACUUGCCCUCGUCCAAGCGCGCUGGAAAUUCGUAAAUGCUGAUGAAUGCUUGAUGACAAGAAUGCAAGAAAUGUCAUUGGAUUAUCAUUUCACUGUGGAGCAAGAAGUGGGCUCAUCCACCUAUGCAUUUUUCGGCUUCAAUGGGACCGCCGGUGUUUGGAGACUGGCUGCAAUUGAUGAGGCAGGUGGGUGGAAGGACCGGACCACCGUUGAAGAUAUGGACUUGGCUGUUCGGGCUAGUCUUAAAGGAUGGAAAUUUUUGUACCUUGGCUCUGUCAAGGUGAAAAAUGAAUUACCCAGUACAUUCAAGGCAUACCGGUACCAACAGCACAGAUGGUCAUGUGGACCUGCAAACCUUUUCAGAAAAAUGUUAAUGGAGAUUGUGAGAAAUAAGAAAGUAACGGUAUGGAAGAAAGUUCAUGUGAUCUACAGCUUCUUCGUGGUGAGGAAGGUGAUAGCCCACAUUGUCACUUUUAUGUUCUACUGUGUAGUACUGCCUGCAACUGUUCUGGUCCCUGAGGUUCAGGUUCCCAAAUGGGGAGCAGUUUAUAUCCCUUCUGUCAUCACUCUUCUCAACGCCGUUGGAACUCCAAGGUCGUUACAUUUGCUGGUGUUCUGGAUACUUUUCGAGAAUGUAAUGUCUCUCCACCGGACCAAGGCUACCUUCAUUGGGUUGUUGGAAGCUGGGAGAGUGAAUGAAUGGAUUGUUACAGAGAAACUAGGCGAUGCUUGCAAGCUAAAACCAGCACUGAAGGCCUUUAAAAAACCUCGCUUUAGAAUUGGAGACAGGGUUCAUGUUCUAGAGCUGGCAACUGGUGCCUAUCUCUUCAUCUGCGGAUGCUAUGAUGUUGCAUUUGGGAAAAACCACUAUUUCCUUUACCUCUUCAUGCAAUCGAUCGCCUUCUUCAUAGCUGGAUUCGGAUAUAUUGGCACAUUCAUUCCCAACUCUUAACACAUGCAGAUUGCUCCAUCUCCUCCGCUCAUGUUCUUGCCCCCCGUGCUGCCUUAAUUAGCAGCAGCAGCAUUUUGCACCUGCAGAUUUGGGUUUUGUCUGCUUUUUAGUCUUUCUUAUAAAAUCGAAGAAAGCUGGUUUAUUUGAUUUAAUUUGGGUGUAAGACAUAAGAAUUCUAUUUGAGCAGUACGUAGCUCGAAUGGAUGUGUUUUCCCUCUGUAUAUUUCAACAAGUAAGGGCAAUACUAUACAGACAAGGAAAGAAGAUGCACUGUGAGAAGAAUUAAGGCAUGCAUAUAUAUAUAUUCAUUCAUACAGAGAAAUAGGCAAAAUGUUGCAUGUCUACCCUCUGAAGCACAUUAUAUUGUUAUAUAGGUAGCUUAAACUCAUUACUGAUUUCCCAAAAUUCUUUCCAAAUUAAAUCAAAUGAAAUCUCGAUCUGUUGGCUUGUACUUGUUUAUAAAA